UGUAUAAGUAUGUCAAUAUAAUACAGCUAGUUCUCUCAUGAGUAACACGUGAACUGACAAUGGAAUUAAAUCAAAGUUCACUGCAGUCGGAAUUGCAUUUUAACAGUUAAUGAUUCGUUACACGCUUGAGUCAGUUGUUUAUACAGACGCCUUUUGUUACUUUUAAACUAAAUAUUCUAAGCAAAGGAUUACCAUGUUGGAAGGAACUUUAACUCUUUUAUUACUAGUUUUAUUAAUAAGCUGGCUCGUGUUCAAUCACGUGAGGUCAAAAUCAUUGCCACCGGGACCUUUUGCGUGGCCAGUUAUUGGAAAUAUACGACUUUUUCAGAAAGACCCUCAAGGAUACAAGAAAUUCACGCAACUUGCUGAAAAAUAUGGAAACGUAUACAGAUUGUAUUGUGGGUCAACGCUUAUAGUAAUGUUAAACGGAUUUGACGCGAUUCAUGAAGCAUUCACAAAGAAGGCAGAUAUAUUCACGGACAGACCUCAACUGUUUGCACCUCUGAUUGGAGUUUCUAAAGGAACGGGAUUAACUUACAACAGUGGCCAUCGAUGGAAGACGUUACGUCGUUUUACGUUACAAGCGUUGCGUGAUUUUGGUGUCGGAAAAUUGACGUUAGAAGAGCGUAUACGAGAAGAGAUCUUGGUAUUGGCGUCGAUUUUGAAGAAUGCAAACAAUUCCCCUAUCCGAAUGAAACCCUACCUUCUGUCGGCUGCAACAAAUAUCAUUUGUAGUGUAAUGUUCGGAGCAAGGUUUGAGUAUAGUGACUCAAAAUUCUCUGAGUUGACAGAGGUCUUGGACGGAAUUUUCAAACUAAAUGCACCAUUUGCAAAGGAAAACUUCUUUCCUAUAACUCGCACAUGGCCUUCUGGAAAAGAGUUGAUAAGAAACAGAACAGCGGCGAUAGAACGUGUGAAGUCUUAUCUGUCUGAGACGAUAGAAGAUCACAAAGUCACGUUUGAUCCAGAGAAUAUACGAGAUUUUAUUGAUCUGUACAUAAAAGCAUCUAAGGACGAGUCGGAACCUGAGCUUUUUACUGAGGCGAAUGUAUAUAAGAUAAUAGUUGACUUGUUCCUGGCUGGCGGAGAGACCACGGGAACCAGUCUCGACUGGGCGUUGCUUUAUAUGAUUAUGUACCCGGAUGUACAGAGCAGAUGUUUUAACGAAAUAUCAAAGGUGGUUGGAUCCGGGCGGCCAGUGUCACUGUCUGAUAGAAACCAGAUGCCUUACACACAAGCCACAUUGCUUGAGCUGCAACGAAUUUCCAAUACACUAACAUUUUCACUGCCUCAUGUUGCUAAACAAGAUGCUACAUUACUUGGCUACGACAUACCUAAAGACGCCAUUAUAAUUGCUAAUUUGUAUUCAGCACAUAUUGAUACUAAAUACUGGCCUGACCCGGAGAAGUUCAUGCCAGAAAGGUUUCUAGACAGUGACGGGAAUGUAUUGAGGAAAGACGGACUGGUUCCUUUCGGAGACGGACCCAGAUUGUGUAUCGGAGAACCUUUGGCAAGGAUGGAGUUGUUUCUGAUAUUUUCAAAUUUGCUACAGAAGUUCCAGUUCAAACAAGUUGAUGGAGAAGAGUACUCAAUGGAGGGCAUUCAAGCUUUAACGCUCACUGCUUUACCAUACCAUUUGAAAGCUGUUUCCAGAUGAAACAAUACAAACAAUGAAUCCAA